UCAAAUCCCGAGUACAAAUUCAGAGUUCCAACGAAGGGUUGCUUCAGGUCAUGCGUCACAUUUACAAGACCGAAGGAGAUUCGACCGUUUUACAAUGGACUCGCCCCGUCUCUUGUCCGGACUUUCCCUGCGACUGGUGUAUUAUUCGUCGUGUACGAGUGGUCAAAGAAGUUUUUGCACAACAUGUUCGAUUGAGUGCUUGCGUGAACGUCUUCCUUGCGCAUAUCGUUUCCCGCCUGUACCUCAGUGAUUGCCCAUAUUUGGCAACCGAGUGCAAUUUUUAUGGAACCUGUCGUCGGCAUUCGCCUUGAUUGAAACGUGUUUAUGGCAUUUCCCCUCGUUCGAACCAGCAAAAAAGUAAUUAUGACUGUCGAGCAGAUUUUAAUCGCAGUUUUAUGAAGCUGCGUGUUAACGCCAUUGGAAAGGUUGCGAUAUUAUUUUUUGUUUGUUAUAUGAUAAUAUGCGUUCCCGUGAUUCUGUGGAAUAAGAAGUGAAAUUUGAAGUUUUA